UACAAGUUUUGCAUCGACUUAUAUUUCUGCAAGCGGUCUUUUUUUGCAGGGACGAUGUUCUGAAAAUAAUUUUGUGAGACUUCAUGAAAAAUAAUUAAAGAUAGAGUUGUGGAGAAAAGUAUAAAAUAUUUCUAAUUAUAGCAGUGUAUAUCGGCAAAAAUGUCAAAAAAAAUGUCACGAUACCCCAGCGACAGAAAGGUAUAUGUAGGUGAUUUGGGCAAUAGCGCCAGGAAAAACGAUUUAGAAUAUGCGUUUGGCGCCUAUGGAACUUUACGAAGUGUUUGGAUUGCUCGCAACCCGCCAGGCUUUGCCUUUGUUGAAUUCGAAAGCGCCCGUGAUGCGGCAGAUGCUGUGCGCGGUUUAGACGGACGGACAGUUUGUGGUCGCCGUGCAAGGGUAGAAUUAUCUACAGGAAAGUUUGCCGGUGGUGGAAGCGGUCGAGGUGGUGAUCGACGUGGUAUGCGGGAUCGUUCGCGUAGAAACAAUUCAGAUGAUAACAAAUGCUAUGAAUGUGGAGGAAGAGGUCAUUAUGCUAGAGAAUGCCGACGUCGUGAUAGUCGACGAGGCAGCCGUCGCCGAAGCAAUUCACGGAGUCGAUCUCGCAGUGCUUCUCGCAAUCACAGAUCACGUUCGCGAAGUGCUGCUUCGGCAAGCCGAUCGCGCAGUCGGAGCCGUUCAGUUUCGGCGAAUAAAAGUUCACGCAAAUCACGAGAUGUCGCCUACAAUAGUAAGUCACGUGAGAAUGGUCGCAGCACGACAGAGAAUGGUAGCACAUACCAUCGGUAUAGUGAGGAUGAACGUAAUGGUGGCACCGGCGGUGCCUCACCAUCGCCAAAACGGCGUUACGAUGACUCCGUAUCACCGUCACCAAGGCGUAACAUACCGACAAAACGUAAUCGACGAGGCGAUUCGACACCAUCACGAUCUAGCUCGCGCAGAGAUUAGCAGACAUCAGUUGUGGCAGUAACAGUAAAAACAAUUAAUAGGCAUUGAGCAGCAUACACACAAGCUCGGUCGCAGUGCAUGAAUAUAAAGUUUUACUCCUCUCCUUCAUUUCAAUCAAAUCGCUAUUAAAAUCCAAAUAGUUACAAAACGAAUUCCUAAAAUUCGAUUAUUAUGCAGUGUGUCGUUUUAAGUAGACGAAGAGUGUUUAAACUUUUUAUGAAUAACUUGUAAACUGAAAAGACUUCUGAGAUUACAUUAAAUGGAUAAAUUCAUUCAUUUAUUGUUAUGGAGACAUAAAUUAAUGUAUUUACCACAAAUGACCAACAAUAACAAAGUCUGAAAACAUCUAAAAACAGCGAAAAAACAAAAGAGUUCACACAACAUACAUACAUACAUACUACAUACGUUUGUAUUUUUUUAUUUUAAUAUUUUAUAAGCUACUCAAUUUAAGCAGUAGAUUUAUUGAAUAGGUUAAACUAAAUUUAAGCUCAUUUCGAUUGAAUGCACAUUAGAGCCGAAACGAACGCUACCACUGUUUACUACAAACAUACAAACAUGUUAUGCGCCAAAUAUUUCAUAAUUGCAUUUUGUACAAAAAUUGAUUUGUCAUAAUUUCGCCUAAAAUCUUCAAUAAAAGCUGCACAAAUUGGUUGCUAAAAAGUGCAAGAGUACAAUUUACAAACCA